AUGUUCUACAGCCAUGAAAUGCUCACAUCACCCGAUCAUGGGGUUGCUACAAUAUGGCUGGUCGCGACCCUGGGAUCAAAAUCCAUCAGCAGAAAACUCAAUAGAAAGACCAUAUUAGAUGUCGACGUUCCGAGGGCCUGUCAUGUUAUCAUGGACCCGGGGGCGCCAAUGGCACUGAGGCUCCAGGGUAACUUGCUCUAUGGAGUCUCUCGAGUGUACAGCCAACAGUGUAGCUACACUCUUACAGACGUCCAAACAAUGCACGAUAAAAUGCGAGCAAUGUUGAAAGUCCUACCGGGGGGCGGCUUAGAUCCAACUGCCGGAAAGGCUAGACCUGAUCAGCUUAUCCUACCUUACGACCCAUCAUUUUUACCAGAGUAUGAUCUCCCGGGAAUGAGAAUAGACCUUUCUAAGCUUUCCCUACCACUCGACACUGUUACAAGCCAGCAGUCCGACCUUCUAUGGCCGAAGACACCAGAUCUCUGCCAGUCUGAUCUCUCGCAAAGCCCCAGCCUACGACUUAGUUUCUCAUAUAAUGAUAUGAUAAUGAGGGACGCAGAUGGACUUGAUUCCGAAAUCAACGUACCUAGCUCUGUUCCUAGAAGCUUCGAUCUGGGCGGUUUCGGAGCUACAACUUUCGAUGAAGAAGCUGGUAUCCUCCUCCAACCUGACUUUGCAUUUGACGAGGAUGGAAAUCUUAUCGAGCUUGGUAUAGCGAGCCGACAAACCGCAAAACAGGACGGAACAAGUCGGCAUGUUAUUGAAUCACUUGUUCCAGACGAAGCAAGAAUCAAUGAAUUGAACGAUCUUACAUUUGACUAUCAGCCAAUGCCAGUCGACAAAGAGAUGGGGACCACUGUCAAGUAUCAGUCCGAAAGGCCAUACCAUGCCGGUCAAGCUACUAAGAGAUGGCGUAGUGAGUCCGAAUCAACUGACGAACUUCAGCGUAUCCCAGAUGAGGGUGCAGCAACUAUGCGUCAAACACGGCGAGCCCCUAGAAUACAAACAUGGGAUGAUCGGACUGCUUUACGAAAUACCGAAUUAACUAAUCUUAACAGCGAUUAUAUGCAGAACAUGGCUAUAGCUUCAAAGCAGAAACUGAAGAAUAAACUUCCAACGCAAGCAAAGAAGAAUGCUGCUUUCUGGGUUCUCGGACAAGGAAUUGGCUCAGUAGGGCUCGGAUUGGGUGCAUUCCAUGUACCACAUCCUUUGCAGCAGUUUUCAGGAGAGGAACUUUAUAGUGCUCUCGAUCCAACUACAAGACAUAGAGGGCACAAGAGGAAAUGUUUUCCCAGCGAAGACAGUGAAACAGGCUCUGAUGUACGCCAUGUCCGUGCUAGAGAAGGAUAUGAGGAACAACUCGGUCGAGGUGGGCCUGUCGAUGAACAUGGCACUUGGCAAGAGGAAAUUGAAAUUGGUCGUCAUGCUCCGCCCGUUUUCCACGAUGAUAACUCGUUCUCAUCCCAGAUGCCUUGGAAUAUCACAGCUUCUGUCCAGAGCUCUCAGCAUGGGUCAUCUGCAGCAAGUGGCCUUCGUGGAAGAGCAAGUGUAAGCGAAACUUUGGCUUCACGAGACAGAGAUCCCGCUGCAUCACUUGCAGAACGUGGACGGUCACGUAACCGUCUAACUAGCGCAAGUCCUCUUGCCGGUAGAGGUUUUGCAUUCGACGCGGAUGCUUUUGACAACCUAAUAUUACCUGAAAACGAUGACAUAGAUGUUUUGGGAAACUUUGACUUGACCCAAUAUUUACAGACUGAGCUUUUCAGCGGCGAUUAUGCACACACCGGGGAUAAUGGUCACUCAAGUAGGUACAACCAUCAGUUGGCUCUUCAGGACCGACUAUCAAAAUCAAGCCUGGAUCAAGAAAGCUUGAACUUCCUUGACUUUCUGACAACAAAGCUCGGAGAAAUGCCCAUUAAACACGUUCAUGGACCAGAUGAAGACGUUUUUUACACCUCACCGGACAAUUCUCCUGACAGAAGGGCAAUAAGUUUCUCAGCACUUCUGCCACCAGGGGAAACUUCUCACUCCGUUGCCACACAUGGCUUGAUGCAUAUACUUACACUUGCAACUAAAGGCUUUUUGCUGGUUCGUCAGGAAGCAUACGAAGAUUGGAGCACUCAGUAUCAUAUCCGGUAUGAGUUUGGAGAGAUCUUCUUACAGCUAUCAGAGAUGUAG